AUGGACAAGCUUACUCUUGCUCGUGUCACCAAGGUCAUCGGCCGCACCGGAUCCCAAGGACAAUGUACCCAAGUCCGCGUCGAGUUCAUCAACGACCAAAACAACCGUUCCAUCAUCAGAAACGUUAAGGGCCCAGUCCGCGAGGGAGACAUCCUCACCCUUCUCGAGUCUGAGAGAGAAGCCAGAAGACUUCGCUAA